GACCUCCACAUGACCCAGUGUUGAUGCUAGGACUAGUAACAUCUAUAGCGGUGUUGGUGUUGUUCUAUCCCUCCGGCUGUUCAAAAGUUCGUCCGCACCCCGCUUUUGCGUGUAUGCCGGGAUAAGGUGUGCUUGAUUCUUGAGAUUGUCUAUGGCACAGACAUUGCCUGUGCCUCGGCUUACUACCGGAACCCUCUUAUUCCCGUCCAGUUAUCAAAUGUCACCCUUCUAUCGACGAGAAUUAUCGGGAUCAUAUAAGUCUUGAAUUCCUUUUGGUCUAAUUAGUUAUAGAAUUGAAGUAGAAUGUAACAUAAGUUUUAUAUUACAAAAUGGCAAAUUCUCGUGACCAGGCCAAAUUCGAGGCCAUACCGUGGUGCGCCGCGCUAAUCCAUGCCCCCGACGUCGUUACCUUCGUUGUACCGAGCCGUAUAGUUGGAGAGAGCAUAGAACCGCGAUCACAAGAUCAACUUUUCAGGCGAACUCUCCAAAACGACGACGCAAUCCCAAAUUGUCUUGGAUUCUACCAAGACCCCAAAGUUCUCCCGGACGAUGGCUCACCAUUCCUACUGAGCUCGAGCUCUAUCCUAUUUGAUUUGAGACCUGGAAUCAAUGGAUUCAACGCGACUGCGCACGGAGGCCUAAUCGCUGCGUUGAUGGACGAGUCGAUGGGUUCUUAUUUGAUCAUAUGUGAUCAACUCCACAAACAAAAGAAGGCUAAAGGCCUUUUACCAGCAACAUCCGAAGGCUUCGAUAAAUUGGGAUUCGCUACGAGUCGAAUGGACGUUAGGCUGCGUAAGGCUAUCAAGACUCCUCAAAUCGUGGUAGUCACAACACAUCUGGCGGAGACGAACGGUCGAAAAGUACAUUUUCGGGUUGAGGCUAAAGGCCAGAAGGGUGAAGUGUACGCAACAUGCGAUGGCACUUGGACAUCAUUUCCUCGUGGCAAACUGUAAUAAAACCUCAACUUCCUUUCUACAAGAUAUCAAAGUUAGAAACUGAAGAGGCUGGAGUGACAAUGAAAU